GGGCGAGAACUUCUUCCGCAGCUCGAAGGGCCUGAGUAUGAAGAAGAAGGGACUGGCGCCGAUGGACCCGGACAGAUUCGCGCAGCUGUCAGAGAUGGUCAGGACGGGCUUCCCGGUCCGCUCUGCAGUAGUUGACCCCAACUACCAGCACAAGACCAAGCUGGACAUCGAGGAGGAGCGGAUCGCCGGGAUUCCGAAGAACAUGGUCCAUCCGCGGAACUCCCCCGCCUGGCUGAAGCACGACAAGCAGGUUCUGCGAUUCUACGCCCACUUCCAGGAGAGUGUUGCUGAACGACCUGACGAGAAUAGCCGUUUCCGCCAUGUGGAGAUCAUGUACCACAUGGAGGACGGGUCCAUGCAGAUCACCGAGCCGAGGAUAGAGAACUCUGGCAUUCCGCAAGGC